AUGGCUUCGAGAGUUGCUCUAGCGCUCCUCGCGACGUCACUACUCCUCACCUCAGCUGCUGCUGCCCAGUUCGCUCCGCGCCCAUCGCCUGACUCGUUGCCCAAGCCAGCGCCCAUCACGUCGCCAAGCACGUCGUCCGUCCCGCCGCCUGCGACAACGUUUCGCGCGGAGCUGAAGCAAGUGGCGAGCAUCCUCGCGGCCCAGCCAGGCUACAGCCUUCCGGCCAAAGUUUUCUCCACCCUUAGCAACUUCCCGAACGCCAAGCUAAAGCUCGUCGAAAACACCACCGUUCUCGUCCCCACCGACUCCGCCCUCGCGAAACUCGGCCUUCGCGCGCUAUUCAACCCCAAGCUGGUUACCAGAUUCGCCCGCUACAACAUCAUCCGCGGCCGCUUCUCCUUCAGCCAAAUGAAGAACCUCCCCCGCGGCACCCAGCUGCGCUCCCUUUACAAGAACCGCCCGGUAGAGCGCAAGGCCGUGAGCCCCGCCGCAAAGGACUGGGUGAUCAAGAACAAGGACCUUCUCGAGACCAACUUUUUCCAGAAGGUCGGCACGCAAGCGGGCGCCGCCGCGAUCAACAAGCUUCUCCCGCCUGCCGGCAACGAGGUAGGGUUCGGCCGGCCUAACUCGGGUCCGCUGUCGUGGGUGCGGGUGGACAAGCCGGACCUGUUCAAUGGUAAAUUUAUCAAGGUUCACGGCGUGGAUAACCUCAUCAGGCCGCCUGCCUAA